AUGGAUAUGCUGAAGAAUAUUUUGGAUCCAAAUAAACUAAAAUUAUCAUGUUUCCUCUGCUUCAAAAGUUGUGGAAACAUGUCCAGUUUAUUUCAGGAUUAUGUUAUUUCGAUUGAAUACAAAACGAUUGAAAUUAAAUUAAAAGAUAUAAUUUAUAGUUUGUUUCCUUCUCAUAUUAUUCUUAGUGAGCAAGCUUGUAUGGACUGUAUUAGUUUAUUAAUAGAAAUAUUCAUAGUACUACAAAAGAAUAGUUUGAAGAGGAAAAUCUUAACUGAAGUUACUAAAACGCUAAUUCAGGAAAUAAACACAAGGCCUAGUAAUGGCAGAUUGUUUAUUAACCUAAAACUACCAGAAUAUGAAGAUGUUAGACUGAAAACUGAAACUGUUACUAAUAAAAAAGUGGUUGCUCAUGAAGAUGUUACGGAACAAGAAAAGGAGUACAUAUCAACACCCCUCUGUCAAUUGAUAAACUGUAAAAUAUGUACAAUGAAAUUUCCUUCAAAGAAUGUGCUUAAAGCACAUAUAAAACUGGCACAUGAAACAGCAAACAAAUCAGCCAUAUGUGAAAUUUGCGGCAAAGACUGCAUAAAGUCUAGUACAUUAAAGGCACAUCUUAAUUCACACAAAGAAGGAGUUUGUCCACACUGUUCUAAAGUGCUUAAAACUCACCCUCACUUCAAAUUGCAUAUAAAAAGUCAUGACCCUAACUUUAAAAUUAAAAGACAACGCCCAAAAGUAUAUUAUAAUUGUGAUCUUUGUUCCUUUAAAAGUUUGAAUAAACAAAGUUUGCAAGGUCACAUCAAUAAAAUGCAUUUAAGAAUUAGGCCACACAUAUGUGAUAUAUGUAAUAAAGGAUUCUAUAGAAAGAGCAAUCUAGUUGAACAUGUUGCAACUCAUGGAGAAGGGAAGAGUAUGACAUGCGAACAUUGUGGACUAAAGUUCUUAUAUAAAAAAACUUUGUUAGAACAUUUGCGUUUGCAUUCUGGUGACAAACCGUUUCCUUGUGAUGUUUGUAAGGAACGCUUUGUGACUUCCGGUCGUAGAACAGAACAUUUUAAAAGAAAACACAUGGAGAAAAAUGUACCUUGUUAUCUAUGUGACAAAAAGUUUAGCUUAAAUAGUGAGGUUAAUGUACAUUUGAAAAAAUAUCAUGGUGUUGUUAAUAAAUGA